AUGAAAGAAAAGUGCAUGAUCUUAAUUAGUUCUGCAGAAUAUGUUGGUGCGCAAUCUUGUCGAGUUUUUAAACCGUUUUAAAGAGGUACUGCUGCGCCCAUUUUAGCGGAUUAAAGUCAUUAUGAGAGAGAAAUAUCACGGCCUUGAUGAAAGAUCAGUUAAUGUAUGUUUCUGGUCAGUGACAGUAAAUGAAAGCUAAUACACUCAGCACGCACUGUAAUAUGACGAGGAAUGACGACAGAAGAUGGGCGUGGCGGACUUCUGCUGGACCUACAGUUGAGCCUGGAACCAGCUGUCCUCCAGGAUGAACCCUUAUGAAUGAAAGUGAGCCUGUUCAGUAAGCUGUUAGCUUCCAGUGGUCAAAGCCAUGCCUGAAGAUUAGAGCCUCGCCUCCUCUUGCUUACAGCAAUACGAAUAUACAGAAGAUUCUACAUGACUCUUCAUGUAGACCUUCCUGUGUUUGUCUUGCUGGAUUGAGUCCUUCCUCCCCUACUAUAAUAUCAGCUCUGUCUCUUUCAUACCACUCCCUCUUGCACUUUCAUGGCCGCUUGGGAACAUGCAUCUGCAUUUGAGAAUGGCUCCAACCUAGUCUCAUGCGUCCAAUGAGUGGAGAGUCUGACGGCCCUGCUCCUGAAAGAGUCUCGCGGGCCCUGUCAGGCCCUGUGUCCUCCUCAGAGAUGUCCUCACUGCACUCACUAGGGCCAGUGCAGAGCUGGCUGGGUCAGGAGCUGGAGAAAUGUGGCAUAGAUGCCAUGAUCUACACCCGCUAUGUCCUUAGCCUGCUACUGCACGACAGCUAUGACUAUGACCUGCAGGACCAGGAAAAUGACAUCUUCCUGGGCUGGGAGAAGGGAACAGGGAAGAAAUGGGGGAAGAGCAAGAGGAAGGGAGGGACUGACCUUAGUCUUGAAGAGAUGAAGAAACAAGCUGCUGUGCAAUGUUUGCGUUCAGCAUCUGAUGAAAAUUCUGGAAUUGAAAGCUUGGUCGAAGAGCUAUGCUCUAAGCUCAAGGAUAUUCAAAACAAACAGAAAGAAAAAGAAAAGCAAGUAAAUAAAAAAUCUGAUAUAUCUCAGUCUCCUGAACCAGAUGAAUCAUUUUCUUCUAAGGACCAGGUUGAGAUGUACUAUGAAGCUUUCCCACCUCUCUCAGAAAAAUCUGUUUGUCUCCAAGAAAUUAUGACUGUGUGGAACAAAGCUAAAGCCUGCACAUAUUCCAGCGCAUCAUCAUCUGCUGUCCCUCAAACAAGCACAGACACAUCCUCUCCAAAAGACUGCACCAGCGAAGGUGAAGCUUUUAUUAAAGACCGAACAGUUGAUGCACCCAGUUCCACCAUCACAAUCAGCGAGAGGGCCCAGCAGCGACGCACUAAGAGGGAGAAGGAAAACCGAUUCCAUGGAAGCGCAACAGGGGUGACUGAUGAUCAGGUUCCUCCUCAUAGUAAGCGGCAGGCGAGACACCGAUCUGAGGGGAGGUUCCGUCCCAGAUCGUGGUCCUCUGGCUCUAGUGAGGCUGGCUCAAGCUCCAGUGGUAACCAGGGUGACCAGACCCCUAUUUGCAAAGCUGUCCGCAUAAGACACAAAUCUCGAGAGGUCAGCAGCAGAAACAAAAGAGGCCGCAGUGGCGGCGGACAGGUCAAACUGGCCCUUAAAGUCAUCGAUAAAGAAGAGUGGAAAAAUGCACGAGGCAACAUCAGUACCACUGGAGGCCCAUCUAAACGACAGCAGCACUACAUGAAAAAAGGCAAACGACCUCUGAGGGAGAUCCGCAAAGAUGCUAAUCUGGUUGAGGCACAGGAGUCAGGAGGAGAGGCCAAAAGAAAGGAAUAUAUGGAGGAGCCACUUUGGUACACAGAGCCCAUCUCGGAGUACUUUGUCCCUCUCAGUAGAAGUAAAUUGGAGACAAAGUAUCGGAGUAAAGAAGACUCUUCCAAUGACUUAGCUAUGUCCAUUGAUGUGGACUGUCUGUCGGAGAGAAUUCAAGGAAUCUGCAUUGCAAAUUCUUGUUUUCAAAGGGCAUACCUUGCAGCAGGCACUUUUGUGGAUGGCCACUUCAUUGAAGUGCCUGGCGAAGGUGACGAAGAGGCUCCUGAACUGAAUGGGAUUCCAAGCUGCCCUCCUCCUGAAGAUGGUCAAAAUUUAGAUGACGAGCAUCUGUCUGAAUUCACUCACUUCUAUGAAGUUGAUCUUUAUCAAUCCAUAUUGGAUCCUAGUGCCUCAGAUGCGGUACAAGAAAGCCGAAUCCUGAACAUGAUUCGGCAGAAGAGCAUUGAGCGAAAACACUUUGAAGCAGGAUGUGUAGUUUUAGAUGGCCUUGAGCUGCAAGGGGAAAGUGCAAUAAGGGUUGAUUCUCUGGGAGCCUCAGAAGCAGAUGUUUCUAUAUCACAAGAUAUGGAAAAUAUUGCCCAAGUCUGGGAGUGCUGUUCAUCAUCGAGCUUGGAAGAUUUGGAAGGAGAAAGCUGUCCGGGUGACUCUCCAGUCAGGCUCUCCCCAGUGUUGGACAGUGUUCCAUUUAACUUUAGCAAACUGUCUGGAGCUUUUGUAGGGCCUCAUCUCCAAGAAGCCAGCAGUAGCAUCUCUGCCCUAAACUCAUGUUUUCCUCUUUUUGAGUUGCAGUACGAUAGCCCUUCCUUUUCUUUUCCCUGCGACUCGCUCACGGAGGGACAGGACAACGUAGAUUCAAGUAGCUGUUUAGAUCCACAAGGAAACAAACAAUCCCGUUUGCUAAUUUGGACCAAAAACAGUGCCUUUGAUGAAACAGAACACUGCUCUAACUUAUCAACGAGGACCUGCAGUCCCUGGUCCCACUCAGAGGAGACACGGUCAGAUAGUGAACAGAUCAAUGCUCCAGCGGAUGAAUCUGCUCAGUUUGUCAGUGAAGAGGUCAGCUGUAUCUCCCUUAUCCCACCUUUAUGCCUAGAAGAAGAGCUUUUAGAUUUCUUUCAAGAGAACUCCAGUCACCAGCAGGAAGAAACGAGUGUAGGCACAGAGUCCAGCCAACCCUUCAAUAAGAAAUCGAAAUUGGAGUCUGUUUGUGGCAUAGCAUUAGAGCAGGAUGAGAGUAAACUCUAUAAUGCUGUUGUGUUUUCAGAUGUCCUAAAUAAACAAAGUGAUGAAUACACCUCAGGGAUAAUAAAAGACAUUUGGAUGGCUAUUGGAGACAGAGACUGUGUCUUAACACUCGGGGUAAAGAAUACAGGGGAGCACUUGUUUCCAGAGGAGGCUACCGGCUACCAAUGCAGCUGUCUUGACAAGGAUGUAAAAGGUGAAAUUAUUCAAAAGAAAGCUGUGCAGUGUUCUGAGUAUCAUCUUUGGGAUGGGCAGAAGGAGAACGAGGGACUUCAUAAAAACAAGCUCUCUAAAAUGAAUGAUGGGGAUUACACAACGCCAGCCAAGCCCUGGAAUUGUAAUUCACAGGACAGCACCUCCUUUAUCCUCGGUGGGGUUUAUGGAGAACUGAAGAGUCUAAGCGGCGACAGAGAAUGGGCUAUGAUUCCACCUGGUGAUGCUUGUGGCAGUUUGUUGCAGUGUGCAGCAGCCACAUCUUCUGACAUGGUAACCAUUGCAGGGGCGGAUGUGUUCAUGAACACAAGCAGUUGCUUUGCUCCUGGCCACAAGCCAUUGUGGAGACCUCUUGUGUCCCUUGGUCAAAAUGAGCAGGCUACCAAGGGACCAGGGGAUGGUUUAAAUAAGGGAUUUUCUGUUGUCUUCCAUGAAGAUUUACUGGGAUCAUGCGGAGGCUUCCGUGGAGAAGAGUCAGGACUGGAUUAUCCGUUUUCAUCCUUUGAUUUGAACAACCCUUUUUCCCAGGUCCUGCAUGUGGAGUGCUCCUUUGAGCCAGAGGAUAUGGCCUCUUUCAGCCCGGGAUUCAAGCCAAAAUCUAUAUUAUGCUCCGACAAUGAGCCCUUUUGCCCUUGGUUAUAUGGCAUCAAACGGACUCAGUAUCGGGCCAUUCGAAUUUCCCCAAGGACUCAUUUCCGGCCAAUAUCUGCCUCUGAACUUUCUCCAGGUGGUUGCAGUGAGUCAGAUGUAGAGUCUGAGAAAGAGGAAGCGAGUCUUCCAGUUGGUCAAGCAGACCUCUUUGAUGACCCACAGGCUGACCUCAAGCCUCUCGAGGAGGACGCAGAGUGCGAGGGCCCUUACUACGGAAAAUCGGAGCUGGAGUCUGGAAAGUUCCUACCCAGAUUAAAGAAGUCUGGCAUGGAGAAGAGUGCACAGACGUCGCUCGAUUCACAGGAGGGUGGGAGCACCCUUCUGCCGAUUACUGAACAAGAGAUUUGCGUACAUUGUGAGACGGCAGUGGUUUCGGUGCCAUGUUCUCAUGUGCAGUCCUCUGUUCUUCAGCAAGAGGAAUCUAGCAGGGAGACAGAGUCUUGCAAAUGCGCUGCAACUGAUCAGAUUCCAAAAAGUGAGAAGUUGCUUGAUGUUGCUCAAGAUAUGCAUGAGGUUCUCAGUGCGGAGGAAGCAGUAAUGUAUGAUUCUUCUGCUGAGCGUGGAGGCAUACCAAUGCUAAUUUCCUCCUAUCACUUUCAACCAAAACCCAGAGGAGGGAUAGGAGGACCCUUACAAGAACAGUGAGACCAGGGCAUAUCACCAAGAUGAAAGCAUAAAGAGAGGAAAACAUGGCAAUAGGUUGAACGUACAGUUAGCUGAUUCUGGUCAACAGCAUUUAUUAUAGACUUGUUUUCAGUCUGUUAAUUCCAAGUUUGAUCAAUUUUGAAAAGAAUAAAAAAGGCAUAGCUAAGCAUUAAGAUUGUUCUUUAAUUUACCCCUUAUAGAUUUUAGCUUCACUUUUAUGUUUGAUCUAGGAUACACUAUAACUGUGGUCCUACUGAUUGUGCAUGUGCUUGUGAACCUAGUCUCAGUCCUUCUAAUAGUCUAAGUUUCUGUGACCGAACUAUGAAUACUCAGAAGUCAGGUUGAAAGCACUACGAUUGCGACACCCCCUUCCCUAAUCAGAUAAUUUAGCAUUGUUCUUAUUUUUUCCUUUUAAAUGACUUGUAGAGGAUAGAGUUGUGUGAGGUUUGGUGUGUUGAAAGAAAAAGUGCUUUUGCUCUUUUGCCCCCCCCCCCCCACACACACAUUUGUUUUGUCACAUACAUUUUUUGUUUCUUCCCUUUUAUUUCAAUGCAGCUUUGAAAGCAUCUUAAAGAAAUAAAGCAGGGUAAUAUGUUGAAGGUGUAGUAAUAUAAUAAGCAAAAAAAUAAACACGCCGUUUAAAACAGAAGUCUAAAUGAAGAAAUAUAUCCUUGUCCUUGAAAUUGGAAGUUGCUUUCUUUGCUUCAAUUUCCCAUUUAAUUCAGCCAUUGUGAUAAAUGUUUACAAUUUGCUAGGUUAUUUUGUCCCCUUUAGGUUAAAUAAAAAA